CUGAAGCAGCCUUCCGGGACGCAGCUGCAGCCGUAUCAGCCUGUGUCAGGGCUUUCCACUAUAGUGCUGCAUUUUGAUGUCGCCCAGGCGGGUAAAAGCUGCUGCCAGCACCGACCACGGGCUCAUUUACUAUUAUUGAUGCUCAAGAGGCAACAUGACAUCCACUAAGCAGUGGCUACUGGCCGGUUUUGCGCUUCUGUAUAUUUAUGGAGCAGUUGAAUCUAAAAGGAUUUUCAAAUGUCCUUCAGGAUGUUCCUGCUCCAAGGAGACGAUCAUCUGCGUCGGUCCCUCACAGAUCCCACGGACUAUACCGAAUGAGAUCAACUCACUGAGCAUGGUAAAUGGAUCUAUUUCUGAAAUUACAGAAGGGAUGUUUGCACUCAUGCCUUCUCUUCAGCUGUUACUUCUAAAUUCAAAUUCUUUGAACACAAUCAAAGAUGAUGCUUUCUCUGGCCUUCCACAUCUAGAAUAUUUAUUCAUUGAAGGGAACAAGAUUGAAACGAUCACCAAAAAUGCCUUUCGUGGCCUGCGAGAUUUGACUCAUCUAUCACUUGCCAAUAACAAGAUGAGGUUUCUGCCCAGAGAUCUCUUUUAUGACUUGGAUUCGUUACUGGAACUGGAUCUGCGAGGCAACUCUUUCCAGUGCAAUUGUGAGAACAAAUGGCUGAUGACGUGGCUGAAAAACACAAAUGCCACUGUAUCAGAUGUCUUCUGUGCAGGCCCCAGUGACAUGAAGGGCAAGCGGCUCAAUGACCUUCCUAUUCCACCGGGCGAGUGUAUUUCCACAGACUUUGUGCGUCAUCAGUCCAUUCCCAUUCAGUCAAUGUCAGCGGACAUCUUCUCCUUUAAAGAGGACAUCUACGUGGCUAUGUCUGCCCCCAACUCCAACAGCUGUGUGGUCAUGGAGUGGGACCACAUUGAGAUGAAUUUCAGGAAAUUUGACAAUAUAACAGGGAAGUCUGUUGUUGGAUGCAAGUCAGUUCUGAUUGACAACCAUGUCUUGAUAAUUGUUACCCAGCUCUUUGGUGGCUCCCAUAUUUACAAGUUUGACGAUCAGCAAAACAAGUUCACAAAGUUUCAAACUAUUGAGGUCUUCAACAUCUCGAAGCCAAAUGACAUUGAGGUCUUCCAAAUGGAUGGUGAUUGGUAUUUUGUGAUUGUGGACAGCUCCAAGGCAGGUUUGUCUACUCUGUACAAGUGGACCGACCAACCAGACCGCAAUGAAACUGGUUUCUACUCCUACCAGUUCCUCCACGAGUGGUUUCGUGAUACAGAUGCUGAGUUUGUUGAGGUGGACGGGAAGUCCUUCCUCAUCUUGGCCAGUCGCUCUCAGUCACCUGUCAUCUACCUGUGGAACAAGAGCACCCUGAAGUUCAUACUUCACGGUGAAGUCCCACAUGUCGAUGACGUGGUGGCAGUCAAAGCUUUCCGGCUGGAGAAUGAGUUGUAUCUGGCCAUGACUUGUUACAUUGGUGACUCCAAACUCCUCAAGUGGGCCAAUAAGCAGUUCACUGAAGUGCAGGCUCUGCCUUCUCGAGGAGCAAUGAUCCUCCAACCUUUCACCUUCACAGACAGGCACUAUCUUGCUCUUGGCAGCGAUUAUUCUUUCACACAAAUCUACCUCUGGGAUGUGGAGACCAAAACAUUUCACAAGUUUAAGGAUAUUUAUGUGCAGUCCCCCCGGUCAAUUACAGCAGUGACCACUGACCGCAGGAAUUUCAUCUUCUCCUCCAGCUUUAAGGGCAAAUCGAUGGUUUUUGAGCAUAUUAUUGUAGAUUUAAGCUUAUAAUGCCUCGCAAAAUAAUGACUAACGACAGUAUGAGUUGGUCACUCAGAUCAAUAUUGCGUGUAUGCUACAAAGUCUCAAUUGCUGUAUAUCUUCCUUAUAAAACUAGAUAUAUCUUUCUUGGUCUGACACAAACAUCUUUGACAAGUUUCUGCAGUUCAUAUGCAUUUCAAGUAGUUAUGGAGGUACGAUUAAUGAUAGGUCCCAAGUAGUUAACUUAAAAAACUGAAGGCAACCUUUAAAAUUUAAACAGCAUGAAUAUAAUUGUAUCGCAUAUUAGA